GAUUCAACAGUGGAAAACAGAACAGACUGUAAUAUAGAAAUCUCUUUUCAGAUCUAAAGCACUGGAGCCUGAUUGGAAGAAAUAGGUGACAAAGUUCAUAUGCAUUGAAGUGUUCAGACCAAAAAGAUACUUUAUGACAAUGGACAAAAGCAUGUAUGAAAGGUGACAACAAGAGAAAGGGGAGAAAGAACUUUCUUACCAAUCAUACAGACCUAAGAUAGUAACAAACAGGCAUAUUUGGAGAAAUGGAAUCAGAAUUUUAGGAAGCGGUGCCUAGAGCAGACCUUCAGUGGAAAAGGAGCCAUUGACAAAAGAAAACACAAAAAGAAAAAGGAAAGGGAAUGAAUGAAGAAGGCAAAUUGCAGGUGGUCAAUGAGAAGAAAAGAAGUCUUGCCAGACUAGGGAACACGAAGUCUAUGUGAGCAGAUGUGGGCGCCCCAGCCAGCAGCAGAGAGGGUUCAGGGGAGCCACAGAGAAGCCCCUUCUGAUGCCCCAAGGAGCAAGCCGACCCCUUCCAGGCUCCAGGAACAUCACAAAGCAAUAUGAAACCUGUUCAUGAAAGGAGUCAGGAAUGCCUUCCACCAAAGAAACGAGACCUCCCCGUGACCAGCGAGGAUAUGGGGAGAACUACCAGCUGCUCAACUAACCACACACCCUCCAGUGAUGCCUCUGAGUGGUCCCGAGGGGUGGUGGUGGCAGGGCAGAGCCAGGCAGGAGCCAGAGUCAGCCUGGGGGGUGAUGGGGCUGAGGCCAUCACUGGCCUGACGGUGGACCAGUAUGGCAUGCUGUAUAAGGUGGCUGUGCCACCUGCCACCUUCUCCCCAACUGGCCUCCCAUCUGUGGUGAACAUGAGCCCUUUGCCCCCCACAUUUAAUGUAGCCUCUUCACUGAUUCAACACCCAGGAAUCCCCUAUCCCCCAAUCCACUAUGCUCAGCUCCCCUCCACCUCUCUGCAAUUUAUUGGGUCUCCUUAUAGCCUUCCCUAUGCUGUGCCACCUAACUUCCUACCGAGUCCCCUCCUUUCCCCUUCUGCCAACCUUGCCACUUCCCACCUUCCACACUUCGUGCCAUAUGCCUCGCUCCUGGCAGAAGGAACCACUCCUCCCCCCCAGGCUUCAUCCCCGGCUCACUCAUUCAACAAAACCCCCUCUGCCACCUCCCCACCUGGGCAGUUGCCACAUCACUCCAGUACUCAGCCACUGGACCUCGCUCCAGGCCGGAUGCCCAUUUAUUAUCAGAUGUCCAGGCUACCUGCUGGGUACACCUUGCAUGAAGCCCUUCCAACUGGUGCCAGCCCAGCUCUUACCCCUCAGGAGGGCCAGUCUGCUCUGGAAGCAGCCCCUGCCAAUGGACAGAGACAGCGAGAGAGAAAUUUAGUAAGACGGGAAAGCGAAGCCCUCGACUCCCCCAACAACAAGGGCGACGGCCAGGGACCGGUGCCAGUGGUAGAAUGUGUGGUGGAUGGACAGUUGUUUUCAGGUUCUCAGACUGCACGGGUAGAGGUGGCGGUGCCAGCACACCGAGGGACCCCCGACACCGACCUCGAGGUCCAGCGGGUGGUUGGCGCUCUAGCUUCUCAGGACUAUCGUGUGGUGGCAGCUCAGAGGAAGGAUGAGCCUAGCCCCCUCAACCUGUCCCAUCAUACCCCUGACCAUCAGGGUGAGGGGCGAGGGGCAGCCAGGAACCCAGCAGAGAUGGCCGAGAAAAACCAGGCCCGGGGGUUCUGCCCUCAGUCCCAUCAGGAACCGGUGAAACAUAGACCUUUACCCAAAGCAAUGGUUGUAGCCAAUGGCAACCUGGUGCCCACUGGAACCGAUGCAGGCCUGCUGCCCAUGGGCUCGGAGAUCCUGAUGGCAUCAAGUUCGGACACGCAGGCCAGAGCCAUCUUCACAGACAAGGAGCCAACGCCACCCCCCAUUACCUCUUCCCAUUUGCCCUCCCAUUUCAUGAAAGGCGCCAUCAUCCAGCUGGCUACAGGGGAGCUGAAGCGGGUGGAGGACCUCCAGACCCAGGAUUUUGUGCGCAGUGCCGAAGUGAGCGGGGGGCUGAAGAUUGACUCUAGCACAGUCGUGGACAUUCAGGAGAGCCAGUGGCCUGGAUUUGUCAUGCUGCAUUUCGUGGUUGGUGAGCAGCAGAGCAAAGUGAGCAUCGAAGUGCCCCCCGAGCACCCUUUUUUUGUCUAUGGUCAGGGUUGGUCCUCUUGCAGCCCUGGGCGGACUGCACAGCUCUUCUCUCUGCCCUGCCAUCGGCUACAGGUGGGAGAUGUCUGCAUCUCUAUCAGUUUACAGAGCUUGAACAGUAAUUCAGUUUCUCAGGCCAGCUGUGCUCCCCCAGGCCAGCUGGGUACCCCCCGAGAAAGGCCUGAGAGGACAGUCUUGGGACCCAGAGAGCAAUGUGACAGUGAGGGGAAGAGCCAGCCGUCGGGCGAGGGCUCCCGAAUGGUAGAGCCCCCGCAGCCAGAGCCUGGUGCUCAGGCCUGCUGGCCAGCUCCGAGCUUCCAAAGAUACAGCAUGCAAGGGGAGGAGGCACGGGCUGCGAUGCUCCGUCCCUCUUUCAUUCCACAGGAGGUAAAGCUGUCCAUCGAAGGGCGUUCCAAUGCAGGAAAAUGAACCUCUCUCCCUGACCAGACUGGGGCUCUACCCCAGAGCUGGGCCUCACCGUGAGCAGGCAGAGGAUUUGCACAUGUCGAGCAGGGAAUGGCUCUCUUGGCAGUGAGAUUGGGGGCGGGAGGUGAGGGGAGAGGAGGCAUGAAGGCAGCCUCCCAAGGCAGGGUCUGUUGCUCAUUACCCUGUGGCAUCCUUUAGGACAUCCCCAGAGGAUACUGUGAUGGGGAGCAGCAGGCCUGGGCCAAGGAAGUAAGGGGGUGCAUGCAGAAUAAGAAACAUUCCAAAUAUCAGGGCCUCCCUGUUCUUUCCUCCCCAUUCCUAGCUCCUGAAAGGGGAAAGUCAGGUUUGGGGGGCAGGUGGCAGAGGGAGGGAGCAAAGAAAGAGCCAAAAAUGAUGAUACACAGCUUAUAGUAGCAGUUCAACUGUCUGAAGUUUUUUUUCCUUUUUUGUGGUGGGAGGGCAGGAGGCCCCAUGGUUGGAAUAAGGGGGUUCCCACCCAGAACUCUUCUUUUGAGAGCUGUGCACUUUAAAGGGUAAUUUUGUUACACAGAUGUCUAUGGCUGGUUUGUGGGGGAGGAGUACUCAUCUGCGGGACUCUGGUUGAUCCUGCUUCAGCCCUUUUCCAUUUCUCUUCACCAUUCCUUCCACAAGCUUCUAGCGCCAGGAGAGAGAAGUAAUGCUUUGGCGGGGACCCAGUCAGGGGACUUUGGGAGAAAGACCUUAUGGCCAGACUGACCGGGCUCUAGGCAGGUUUUUUGGAAAGGUAGCUGACCUAACAAAGCUCCUCCUACCCAGCAUGCCAGACCUGCUACAAAAUUGUACUGAAUCUAGUUGGUAAUGGUAACUUCUGAAAGAACCAGUGGACCCUUUUCCCCAGGCCCUGCACCCCUCCUCUGUCUGUGUUGUGCCUAAGUGCCUGCGUGGCUCCCACCCUUCUGCUGCCCUAACCCCUCUGCAUGGUUUCUUGACCUGGGCCUAAUUUGUAGCUGCACUGCCUUUCCCCUUCUGCAAAACUGGUUUUGUUUACUUUGACCAAGACCUCUAGUUUUUGGUGUGUAGGGGUCUCUUUGGUUUCCCCUUCAAUUAUAUUCUCUGUUUUUAAAAACUCAGAAAGAAUCAUGUCCCCUCUGCAGCAGAACAGCUUGGUGGAGAAACAAGAAGAGAACUGUGCCCUGGGUCAGGGCAAAUACACCUGGCAGGGCAGUUUUUACACAGCUCCUCCCAUUUUAAUUCCACUUCCUCUCCUCGCUGUCCCCUGUUACAGCCAGCUCUAAGGUUCUGGGAUAGUCUCGAUGACGUUCAAUACCUGAAGUCACCUAGAUUUCAUUUUGUGGUGGGGUAUUCCUCUGCAAAGAGUAUUUUCAAUCUUAGUUGCAUUUGCCCCUCUGUGUCUUAAGCCCACAUUUUUUUUUACAACUUUUAGCAGCAGCUCAGGCUGUGGGAUUCUACUGGGUAUUGAGAAUUAGGCUCCCCCACCAGCUUUCAGGUGAGUGGGUGGGUUUUUUGUUUGUAUUUCAGGGGUCUUUAGACUCUUGAAGCAACUCAGGGUAUUGUCCACCUAGCUCUCUGGUGAGGCUUCUCCCAGGGUACGAUCCUGGCAUUUCCUUUAGAAAUGUCUUCGGAUGGGUCAAGGCCUGGCCUGUCAUCAGGAGUCUCAAACCUCUGAGGUCUGAUCUCUGCUCUGUCAAAGGCUUUAGGCAAGUCUUGUGACCUCUCACUCUUUCACUUCCUCCCCAGCUGCCAAAUGGGGAUAAAUAAUCUUACCUACCUCCUGGGGGGAGGGGGAGUUCUGAGAAUGGAGUCAUUCUUAGUGUUCAGGUGCUAAAGGUUGUUCUCCUGGGGGAACAAAGUGGCUGAAACUGGCUUGUUUUUUACAAGCCCUACACUCCACUCUUUUAUUCCUUGAGAGCAGUUACCUGGUCAGUCGCCUUUUGGAGGCUCAUCCAAAGGAAGCUGCUGACCUGACCGCAAGUACUUAAGUCUCUGGUUCACUCAGAACCAAACACCAACCUUGUCUGGUGAACACUCAACCUUGUACUCAUUUGGGUUCAUGCCCUUUCCCUUCUCUGUUCCCCCAUUCUCUCUGAAUGCUGCUUUCUUUGGUUUAUUUCCUACCGUGGGGGCCUCUGGGGCUGAGUCUUGAGGAAUCUUCUCAGAGGAUGGCCCUUGGAGAAGGUCUUCUCUCUGGCUGUUCCAGGAGCAACUCAUCCCUAGGGAUUAUUGUUUGCACGGGUUUCUCAGAAACAGCCUUCCUAUAGGAAGGCUCAUCCACUGAAUAUAGUGACGUGCACAUGGUAGACACUCAAGAAAUGUCCAUCAGGGACACCAACUGAGCUUCCUUCUCAUGGGAGCAAAUCUAUAUCUAACCAGAUACCUGCCAAGUAGUUUAAAUCAAAUAACCCUCCUCUACCCAGCCCGGUAACUUCCACUUCAUCCUGGAAAGAGAAAACCUUGUGCACCUUGACAAGUUGGGCGCUGCCCUUUCUGCUGCUGUUCCUCUUCUGUCUCUUGCUGGGAAAGCAAUGCCAGCAGCUCCCCUGAUACUGUGCCGUGAGCAUGUAAUUAAUAUAUUAAUACUUGAUUUUGCCGAGCUGCAGAGGUGUCUUUUGUAAAAUAUGGUCUCCCAGAAAAAGAAGCUCUGUGCUGUAAUUCUUGGUCAGAGCUGUGGCAUUCCCUUUGCCUUUUCUCUCUGGUUCAGUCUUCCAGGCACGAGGAGUAAGAGUAACUUAUAGCAUGUCCAUUCUUCCUUAUAGGAAUUUCAUAAGUUUGCAAGAGAUCUAAGUGGUUUUGAGAGAGUGAGCAUUUUAGUGGGAAGCUGUCAGCUUUUGGGGGAAUAGGCAAUUGAAGAAGGCCAGAGCCGGUCCCUUGUCAGGGGUAGGACAUUCCCAGAGCUUAGGGAUAGAAAGGAGGACUGCUAACUUUGACACAAAGUGGAAAUGACUAUACCACUUUGAAAGGAGGGGAACCAGGUCAAGGAUGGGUAUUGCCAUCACCAUUCCUAUCAAGAUUAGUGUACAUGGCAGUGGGAGGGGCCUAUGUGGGGAAGCAGAGCCUGAGAGUUCAGAGCUGAGCACUCGUAUCUAUGCGGAGGGGCCCCAGUGGAUCUGGACUUACCCUUCUACACUCUUGGUCCCAGUUAAUCAUUAUGCCAAGGGCUUUGGUCUGUGCUGCUUUGCCACUGCUGCUGUCUGCUCAUUGUCCUGCCUGCUGCCCUUUAUAGCUCUGUCCUUCCAUGUCUCUGGCCAUAUACAUGAAAUCCAGGCAUCCUUUCAAUUCUCACCUGUGCAAGUGUUACUUUAUAGCAAAGUCUCGGUGACUAGGAAUAGUAUGACUUGCUGCUGGCGGGCUGGUGAAUCCAAAGGGAUGUGGCUUUAGUGCUUAUCAGAAGCCCUUUGGCUCCAAAUAUCUGAGUGUCUUGAGGGAGAAACAAGCAGGUCCUACAAGUGGGUGUUUUCUGUGUAUUAAUUUCUCUCCUUUGUGGUAUCUUCUAUUUUUAAAAAUGAAUGAUGGGGAACCAGGUUAGGACCUGUGCCAGCAUCCCAGGGAGGUUCACCUGGCUCCAGUUCAUCUGGUCUGGGGUUGGGAAAGGGUUUGAAGUUUGAAAUAGCCCCGCUCAGUGAGGUUUAGUUUUAUUUUCACUCAUAGGAGAUGCACAGGUUGGUGGUAUGAUUGAAAUUUGCAACAGGCAGGCAUAUUGAAGAGUUGAGUGAUCACACUGGAGAUGAGGGUGGACAUGGAUUCACUGGGAAAGGGCCUGGGUCCAUUGGAGUAAAGAUAACCUGAUUAAUUGGCCAUGGGGGAUUAGGUCAGUCUUAAAAGCAAAGUAAAUAGGGCAGAGGCCAAGUUUUAGGGAGGCUUCUUGGCCUCCUAGGGCUAAGUUUACUAAACCACAUUGAAGCUACAAUACUUUCCAGAUGGGAAAAAGUGUACACUACAGUUGAAGAGCUGAACUGUGCUAAGUUGGAUGUUGACCAGGAACCUAUUAGCCCUUUGCUGGGAAGCCUUCGCCCUUCAAGCUUCCCUGGAGUAGGGAAGGCCUUCCACAUUAUGCAAUAAUAAAACAAGCACCUGGGUCUCUGCAGCUGUCAGUGGCUCUUUCAACUCUAGGAUCAUUCUUUGGACCAGAAGCCUGGUCUGGGCCUAAGAUAACACUGGCCCUCAAGAUGCUAGCGUUGACUGCACUCUCUCCUUACCUGCAGACUAUGCACAGUGCCUGGGGCGGAAGGAAGAGAGGUGGUGUGGUUUGCCCUGCUGAACCUCCCCAGCAGGAACAGUAGUAAUAAAUGCACUUUUCACACUAAAGUUUCUUUAAUAGUUCUGUUAAGCCUAGAUUCUCCCUCUGUAGAUUGCAAACUCAAAAGUCUGUGUGGUCCCAAAGCCAUUCUAACUGCAAAUGCUCAGCAGUGAAGGUGGCCUCAAAUUGGGUUCCUGUCUGCAGUGUGUGUGGCAGAAGCCCAUGUGCCUUUACCUAUUGUCAAACUUGCAAGCAUUUAUUUCUGUCAUGGGGACUGAGGUUCAUCAGAGAGAGAGAGCACGAGUGUGAGCUGAUGACACAGUGGUUUUACACCCACUCCCUGGACAGGGAGUUUGCACGUAGUUGUGAGCUGAGUGGUUAGUGCAUUGCUGGUAUUGCUGAAGGCAGAGUUCAUCCCUCAUUUGUUUGAUACUCACAUUUGAGAGAAUCUUGUGUUGGGGGGAAAACCGACUGUUCUCGUGGCAAACUUGAAGUAUUAAAAAUAAGGCUGUCCCCUACAACCUUCCUAGUCAAAUACAGGAUCCCUGUAGCCAAAAUUAUAUGUUCCAGCUGCAGAGAGCAAACUGCUCUCAGCUUGCACAGCACCUUAGGGGAGGGAAGAAUAUAUGAAUAUGGAAUGGGGUGGAGAAAGGAUGGGAAUGUCAUUCAAUUGGCUUUAGGGUCCCAAGGAAUAGAGAAGGUCGGCACUGGGGAGGUCUGGGUGGAUCUGAUUGGUGUAGGAGUUCCCUGUAGAUAAAUUACUGACCCCCAACUACCAUCCCCAGUAUGUAAUGGCUAAAUUAAUAUGUAAUCAACUGCAUUGUAUCUAAAGCCUUAGAACUAGUCAGGUGCUCCCCCCACCCAUACCAUUUCUUACCCUCUAAUCCUACCUGAUCUUUAACAAAGCAUUAAUAAUUCUAAGGAUAAUCUCUAUUUUGUUGUGCUUUUUUGUAACUGUUUUAAAUAAAUCAAUUUGUACUGUAUAUUUGUACUUUUGUGAGAUCCUUUUUGCUGUUUUACCAUUUUAAGUCUCUGUACUUGGCUACACACAGAUUGUAUUUUUAUUGUUAAUGCUCUUCUUAUGGAUACCUGCAUUUAACUUGUGGACUAUGUAAACACAAUAUAUAUCAAUAUCUAUAUAUCUAUAUAUCUAUCUAUAUAAACUACUAGCUUUUC